AUGAGUGCAAUAUAUGAUGAAUUCAUGCUUGUAAAAUUAAUGCCAGAUUCUAUAAACUUAAUGUUAACAUCAGUAACAAGCUCUCUUGUUGCUUUGAUGACAUGCUUAAACAAAGAUGCUUUAAUAAAACCAGAAACAAAAACAGAUGCAAAAGAAAAACAUAUAACUACAAAGCAAUGA